AUGGCGUAUUCUUUUGAAGUUCAGAAAGUCUUGGAUUUAUUUCAACCGCAGGAUGACCAUCUUUUUCAAAUCAGUAAAAAAAUUGAGGAACAGAUUGAACUGGGUCUUGAGAAGGGAGCUGCUGAAUCAUCGAUUGCUAUGCUUCCUUCAUACGUUCCUGAACUACCAGAUGGAACAGAAGUUGGAAAAUAUAUAUCCAUUGACUUAAGUGGGAAAAACUUGCGCAUUAUGUUAUUAAUUCUGAAGGGAAGAAACAAUGAGCCAGAGCAGUUCGUUGAUAAUUACUGUAUCCCGCAAGCUGUAAUGACGGGAUCUGGAGAAGAGGCGAGCCUUUGGUACCCACUUUUCACGUUCAUUGUGAAUUGUUUGUUAAAGUUUUUACGUGCAAACGAGUUGGUGCAAUCGGACCUUAGCAUCGGCUUUGUGUUUUCAUUCCCUUGCAAGUUAUACUCUAUACGCUCUGCAAGGCUAUUGUGGUGGACUAAAGGAUUUGACAUCAAAGACUGUCUACAGAAAGAUGUUGUUAGUUUAUUGGAGCAAGCUUUGGAACUUGGAAUGCAGUCCAAAGUCAGUGUUAAAGCCGUUAUGAAUGACACUGUUGGCCAACUUAUCGCUGCGUCGUACAAGUAUGGUCCGAAAUGCACAAUGGGAGUUGUUAUUGGAUACGGUUGCAACUCCGCCUACCUGGAAAAAGCAGUGAACGUUAAAACGUUGAGUAUGGAGAAGGUUCAUUAUGACGAGUUUAAGACUAUGGUAAUGGUUACAGAAUGGGAGGAGUUCGGCCAGAACGGCGAAUUUGAGUGUAUGCUUACCCAGUGGGACCGAGAAGUGGAUGAAAAUUCAGUGCAUAAAGGGAAACAGAUGUUAGAUAAGUUAACUGGCGCUCUUUACCUUGGCGAGUUAGUUCGUCGCGUUCUUCUAAAGUUAACAAUGGACGGUCUCAUCUUCAGUGGGCGGCUGUGUGAUAAGCUUGAAACCCCAGACAUGUUUCCUACUAAAUACAUUUCUGAAAUUUUAAGUGAGCCAGAAGGAAAUUUCAAAGCUUGUCGCAGAAUUUGUGAUGAAUUGGACAUUCCCAGUCAUUGUGCAAAUGACUACGAAGCCAUGCAUGAUCUCUGCUCGAAUGUGUCUGAACGUUCCGCUGGCAUUGUUGCUGCAGCUAUCGCAGCCUUAUUGCGCCAUAUGAAGCAGACUGAUAUUCAAAUCGGCGUUGGUGGAGCUUUAGUUCAAUUUCAUCCCACGUACCUUUUCCACCUUAACGAAAAACUGAAGGUGCUGGCUCCGAAAGAUGUUAAGUGGGAAAUCGUGAUGGCUGAUGAAGGAAGCGCAAAGGGAGCAGCAAUAGUAGCUGCAGUUGCAGAAAAGCUUUUCCUUUAG